GAUUGUCCUUGUCCGAUUAGGUCGAUCAAUGAGACUGAACAGAAGAGAAAGGAAGAGGAGGAGGAGGAGAAGUAAAAGAGGGGGAGGGGGGGGGCAGCUCCUCCCAUAAUUAAGUUAGCGUGCUGCGCUGGAGGUCUAUGUUUACUGGGCAGGCGAGGGAGUUUCCUUCACUCAGCGGACAGCUCUGAGCUCAGAAAAGGCAGCAGACAGCUCUCUCACUCUCUCUUCUCUCUCUGGUUAUUUCUGCAACUCAUCCCUCGCUGCGCUGCGACUAGCGACCUGCACACACACAGGCUGAUCCAGGACGAGCUGGGGGGGGGGGGGAGCAACAGCAGCAGCACCACCACCUGCAUAACCCUCCACCACCACCCUCCCUCCAUCUAAACGGCCCAGGACCUUAUCUCUGCUGCUGUCGCUACCACCACCGUUGCCAUCAUGUGCGACUGUUUCCACCUGGCCUUCCCCAACUGGCACGCCGCCUCCUCGGGGACGGCUGGUCGAAGGCUGAGAGCACCAGAGCCUGGUACAGAGGACGAUUCAACAUGUGACGAGCCAUCUCAGUUCACAGAGAGAGAGAGACCGCGCCCUCAAGGAUCGUCUCCCGUCGAGGAGUAUCCUGAAAGUGAAAAAUACACCGACAGUGACAAAGAGUGUGAAGCAGAGCAUGACCCACACCACAAAAGUGGGAGUGGAAAGAAAACUAAAAAGUCUGGGCUUGGGUCCAUGUUUGAAAAGCGCUCAACUCCAAAGAUGAGUAAACUGAAGGAGUUUCACAGCCCUGAGUCUGGACUGAUAGUGAAAACAGCCAAAGAUGGAUGUGCAGAGGGUCUUGUUUAUGGUGGAGGGGGGAAAGAGGGAAUAUUCAUUAAGGAAGUGGUACCAGAGUCACCUGCCUCAAAAAGUCUGAAACUAAAAGAAGGUGAUCAGAUUCUGAGCGCCACUGUAUAUUUUGACAACGUGUCAUAUGAGGAUGCCAUUCAGAUUCUGGAGCACGCUCAGGCUUACAGAGUGAAGCUCUGCUUGAAACGCAAACCAGACAUCACAGACACUGAAACAGCCAUUGAAUCUGACGUCAUCCCUGAGGAAGAUGUCUAUGCUCCAGAAAUGAGGGAGCAAGGAAAAACCAAAAGGCGUGGUGAUGCCCGCUUUUCAUGGCCUAAGUUUCCCUCCUUUGGAAAAGGAAAGAAGUCCCGCUUUACAAGGUCUCACAGCACCUCAGAGGCUGAUGAGCAAAGAAAGCUUGAGCUUAGCCCCACCACAAGUGACACAGAAUCACCUAUAAAAUCUCAAGAUGCUCUCAAAGGCAAGAAGAAACAUAAAAUAAAGCUCUCUGUUCUAACAAAGAGAGGCCGCAUAAGUUCAUCUGAAGACCAGGACACAGACGCACCAACAUCUGCGCAGAUGGUUUCACCUGAGUGCCUUGAAAGCCCCUCAGGAGAAACACCUCAAAUCUAUGCGACAGAGGAUCUGAAAGUAGUGGAAGACUUAAGACGUGAGCAAAAUUAUCAAAAACUGACUGACCCUCAAACUGUUCAACACAAGGUGGAACUCAUCACUAUAGAUAGCACUUUGAAAACAGAAGAUCUAACCGUGGCUCUGGCAGGUCAAGGCAGCCCCUCUGGUAUCAAGUCCCCUGAUGGGAAGAAAAAGAAGAAAGAGCGGUCUGAAUUAAAAAUGAAAAUUUUGGGAAAGGAUAAAUCGCACAAGAAAGAUGCAAAAGCAAAAUCGUCACCAAAAAGGCUGAAAACUCUGGGGGCAAGUAUUGAAAUAGCAGACCAACCUGGAAAUGAAAAAUCAGAUGCCAUCCCAAGUUUUAAGUCACAAACAAAACUACAGGGGGAUCAACUUGCACUUAAUGCCAAUACACAAAUAAUCAGCAGUGAGAGUUCAAGGGUAAUCUCAGCCAAAUCAGGGACAACACAGAUGGAAAUGAGUAUACCAAAGGUGGAACUUGAAAUAUCUGAUGUUGAAUUGAUACGGCAAUCUCCACAGAAGGGUGAAGAAAAAACUAAGAAAGGCAAGGACGUUAAACAAAAACCAGAAACAAAGACAGGUCCAACAUUCAAACUGCCUAAAAUAGGCUUUAGUGACAUUGCCACUGAGGAAACAAUCCCAAAAAUGAAUGUCAAUUUUGAAGAAUGUACACCUAAAAUUGAGCAGUUUACAACUGAGGGUACAGAAGUGAAAGAAGAUCCUUAUGAGCGACUGUCAAAAAGCAGUCUUUCCAAAACAGAACUUCCCAAACGUGAAGACAUUGUGAUUCCAGGUAUGGAGGACAUGUCUAGGAGGACCACAGCCAAAGGAAUUAAAGAGCCUAAAGCUGUUUUUACAGGACAUUAUGAAGACAUUCAAGCUGAAACUGUACAACUGCCAUUUGAUGUUGACAGUGUGAAAGAGGCUGUUUCAAAAUUGCCUGGAUUUAAGCUGCCUAAGGUUGACACGAGUGGAGUGCCUAUUCCUGAAGAAAUUACUGUAAUAGAUGCAAAUGCACAAAGAAUAUCAGUGAAAACACCCACUAAAACAAAACAUGAUGCACACUUCAGUAAGUUUGACAUAACUGCCUCUCCAGAAAUCUCCAAGACAACAGUCAAACUACCAAAGAUCACAUCUGCUGAUUUAACCUCAGAGGAGCUUUUAAUGGAGAGAAAAGUAGAUUUUAAAAAAACUGAAAAGGAAUACAAAACUGAGCCAAAACAAAGCGACAAAGAACAUUUUAUAAUACCUGGAAAAGAAAGUGUACAAGUAGCCGCCAUUUUUCAGACACAAGAAACACAAGGCACAGAGGGCAUUAAAUCGGAAUAUGAAUCUGCAGCUACACUCAAAUCAAAGAAGGCAAAGAUAACAAUGACAAGCUUUGGGAUUGCAAAACCAGACAUAACAAUCCCUGACAUUGGAAUUGCCUUGCCAAAACAAAAGCAAAAAGGUGACAAUGUAAAAGGAGAAAGGACUAUAUUUCUCGAAGACGAAGACAUGUCAAACACUGAAACAAGGAACAAGAUUGGAGAAGUCAUGUCAGAGGUCAAAAUACCAGAAAUUGAAAGCAUUGAAUACAUUGAUUCAGUAGAUGGCUCACCAGACAAAAAGGAUGGUGGCGUUGGUUUGACAGGUUUUGGUAUUAACCUUGCUGCAAGCCCAAAGUCUGACAUCUCCUUUCCAGAGAUCAGAGGUGAAGUGAAAGGUGUUGAAUACAAAGAGCACACAUUCAAACUGCCCGAAUUUGGAGCAGUGACUGAGAACAUCAGUAUAAAUGUGCCUGAUGCAGAAAAGGAUAAAAAGAUUGAUGGGGCAGAUAUAAGAACACUUGAAAGAGAGGGAAAAAGUGGCAAGUUUAAAAUGCCAAAUCUCAGCAUCUCUAUGCCAAAGGUUAAAGGACCUGAAAUUGAUUUAAGCCUAUCAGAAAAAGAUGUAGAUCUCACAUUACCAGAAGAAAAAGCUGAGGUUGACCUCCCAGACAUUCCUGAGGUUGAGGUUACUCUUGGAAAUGUAGAUGUUUCUAUUCCAAAGAAAAUGAUGGAGGUCAAAAAGCCUGAACUGGAUGUCAAACCUUGGCAGACUGAAGGUGAACUUGAGGGACGAGGAAGCAAGUUCAAGGAGCCCAAGUUUGGAAUUAAAAUGCCCAAAUUAAAAGGACCUGAAUUUGAUUUAAGCUUAUCAAAGAAAGAUGUAGAUGUCAGACUACCAGAGGUUAAAUCUGAAGUCAAACUCCCAGAGACCCCUAAAAUUGAUGCCCGUCUUGGAAAGGCAGAGGUUUUGAUUCCAGAAGCAAAGGUGGAAGUUAAAAAACCUGAAGUGGAAAUCAAACCUUUGCACACUGACGUUGAACUUGAAGGACAAGGAGGCAAAUUCCAAAUGCCAAAGUUUGGAAUUACGAUGCCAAAAGUAAAAGGACCUGAAAUUGAUUUGAGCUUAUCAAAAAAAGGCGUAGGUGUCACACUACCAGAGGCUAAAGCUGAAGUCAAACUCCCAGAAGCCCCAGAGAUUGAUGCAACUCUUGGAAAGAUAAAUGUUUCCAUUCCAAAGCAAAAGAUGGAAGUUGAAAAACCUGAAUUGGAAAUCAAACCUCUGAGGACUGGAGGGGAACUUGAUGGACAAGGAGGCAAGCUUAAAAUGCCAAAACUUGGUGUAAAAAUGCCAAAAAUUAAAGCGCCUGAAUUUGAUUUAAGCUUAUCAAAGAAAGAUGUAGAUGUCCUAUUGCCUGAAGCUAAAGCAGAGGUCAAACCUCCUGAUGUUGAACAUACAGAACAUGGAAUUAAAGUAGAUGUCAAAGCUCCAGAGAUUGCAGUUUACCAACAGGAUGUUGAAGGAUCAUCAUCAAAAUGUAAGAUGCCGACAUUUAAACUACCAGCAUUUGGAGUUGGUACUCCAAACGUCUCUGUGGAAGCACAUGAUAUGGACAAAGACAUUAAAGCUGACAUUAAUAAGCAUGUGGUUAAUAUUGAAGCACCCAGCAUUGACGUUAAGGGUCCUUCAAUUGAUAUGAAGGCUAUAGGAACUGAUCAUGAGGGGAAAGGAAGCAAGUUUAAAAUGCCACAUCUCGGAUUCUCUAUGCCUAAAGUCAAAGGACCUCAACUUAAUAUAAGUUCAUCAAAGAAAGAUGUAGAUGUCACACUACCAGAGGCCGGUGCUGAAGUCAAACUCCCAGAAACCCCUAAAAUUGAUGCCAGUCUUGGAAAAGCAGAAGUUUUGUUUCAAGAGGCAAAGAUGGAAGUUAAAAAACCUGAAGUGAAAAUCAAACCUUUGCAGACUGAUGUUGAAUUGGAAGGACAAGGAGACACAUUUCAAAUGCCAAAGUUUGGAAUCACAAUGCCAAAGAUAAAAGGACCUGAAAUUCACUUUAGCUUAUCAAAGAAAGAUGUAGAUGUGACACUACCAGAAGCCAAAGCUGAAGUAAAAGUCCCUGAAGUUGAACUAAACGAACCCUCUGCUGAAGUGGAAAUUAAAGCUCCUGAAAUAAAAGUUACAGAAAAAGAUACAGAAGGAUCACCAUUGAAAUUUAAGAUGCCGACAUUCAAACUAUCUAAAUUUGGAGUUGGUACUCCAGACAUUUCUGUAGAAGUAUCUGAUAUGGACAAAGAUGUCAAAACCGACGGAGCUGAUAUUAAAAUUCCUUCAGACGCUCUUGCAGUUGACAUUGCAGCACCCAGCAUUGACAUUGAAGGCCCAUCAAUAGAUAUUAAAACUACAGGAACUGAACAUGAAGGAAAGGGAAGCAAGUUCAAACUGCCAAGUCUCGGUUUUUCUGGACCUCAAAUCAAACGGCCUGACAUUGAUUUAAGCCUAUCAAAGAAAGAUGUAGAUGGGACUUUACCAGCAGCCAAAGCUGAUGUCAAAUUCCCUGACGUUCACACUGAAGCACCCAGCAUUGACAUUGAGGGCCUAUCAACAGAUAGGAAAACUACAGAAAUUGAAGAGGAUGGGAAAGGAAGCUUUAAAAUGCCACAUCUUAGUUUCUCCAUGCCAAAAGUGAAGGGACCUAAAAUGGAUGUUAGCCUUUCAAACAAAGACGUAGAUGUCAAAUUACCAGAGACAAAACCUGAUGUCAAACUUCCAGAGGUUGAUCUUGGAAAAGUGGAUGUUUCAAUUCCAGAGGCUAAGAUGGAGGUUAAAAAACCUGAAGUGGAAAUGCAGUUCAUGCAGACUAAAGGUGAGCUUGAUGGAAAGGGAGAAAAGUUCAAAAUGCCAAAGUUUGGAAUCAAAAUGCCAAAAUUAAAAGAGCCAGAAUUUGACUUGAGCUUAACAAAGAGAGAUAUUGAUAUCCCACUACCAGAGACAAAGGUUGAGGUCAAACACCCAGAUGCCCCUAAAAUUGAUGUCAGUCUUGGAAAAGCAGAAGUUUUGAUUCCAGAGGCUAAGGCCAAAGUUGAAGAAGCUGAGCUGGACGUUAAACCUUUGCAGACAGAAGUUAAAGGACAAGGAAGCGAGUUCAAAAUGCCAAAGUUUGGAAUGUCCAUGCCAAAGGUAAAAGGACCUGAAUUUCAUCUUGGCUUAUCAAAGAAAGAUAUAGAUGUCAGAAUACCAGAAGCAAAAGCAGAUGUCAACUUCCCUGAUGUUGAACUAAAACAACCUUCUGCCAAGGUAGAAAUGAAAGCUCCUGUGAUUGAGGUUUUAGCUAAAGAUACAGAAGGAUCACCUUCAAAAUUCAAAAUGCCAAAUUUCAGUUUCUCUAUGCCUAAAGUAAAAGGGCCUGAUGUAGAUGUAAGCUUAUCAAAGAAAGACACAGAUAUCACAUUACCAGGGACUAAAGCUGAGAUCAAACUCCCAGAAGCCCCUAAAAUCGAUGUCAGUCUUGGAAAAGCAGAGGUUUUGAUUACAGAGGCAAAAAUGGAGGAUAAAAAACCUGAAGUGAAAAUCAAACCUUUGCAAACUGGCAUUGACAUUGAAGGACAUGGAGGCAAGUUCCAAAUGCCAAAGUUUGGAAUCACAAUGCCAAAAGUAAAAGGACCUGAAAUUGAUUUAAGCUUCCCCAAGAAAGAUGUAGAUGUAACACUACCAGAGGCUAAAGCUGAUGUUGAACUCCCAGAAGCUUCUAAAAUUGCUGUGGAUAUGAAAUCACCAGAGUAUGAAGCAGAAAUUGAUGGGCAAGGAGGCAAGUUCAAAAUACCAAAGUUUGGAAUCUCAAUGCCAAAAGUGAAAGGACCUGAAAUUGAUUUCAGCUUAUCAAAGAAAGAUGUAGACUUCACACUACCAGACGCCAAAGCUGAAGUCAAUCUCCCAGAUGUUGAACUCAAAGAACCUUCUGCUAAAGUGGAAAUUAAGGCUCCAGAGAUUGAAACUCAAUUAAGCAGUGUGAAAGGAUCACCAUCAAAAUUUCAAUUGCCAACAUUCAAAUUCCCAAAAUUUGGAGUUACCACUCCAAAUGUCAGCGCUAAACUACCUGAUAUAGACACAGAGAUCAAAACUGAUGGAGCUGACAUGCACAUAUCUGUGCCACACACAGAUGUUGAUGUACCAGAAGUUAAAGCAGAGGUCCAUCUGCCAGAGGUUGAAGUCAAAAAGCCAUCAGGCAGUGUUGUAACAGAGCAACAGCAAGGUGUUGAGGUUGAUGCCAAACUGAAAAAAACAAGGUUUUCACUGCCCAGAUUUUCUUUUUCAAAACCAAGUGUUAAGUCCCCAGAAGUUGAUGCCAGUCUUCAAGAUGCAAAAGUUGCAAUUCCAGAGGGAAAGGUGGAAGUGAAUGUUUUGAUUCCAGAGGCUAAGGCCAAAGUUGAAAAAGCUGAGCUGGACGUUAAACCUUUGCAGAGAGAAGUUAAAGGACAAGGAAGCGAGUUCAAAAUGCCAAAGUUUGGAAUGUCCAUGCCAAAGGUAAAAGGACCUGAAUUUCAUCUUGGCUUAUCAAAGAAAGAUAUAGAUGUCAGAAUACCAGAAGCAAAAGCAGAUGUCAACUUCCCUGAUGUUGAACUAAAACAACCUUCUGCCGAAGUAGAAAUGAAAGCUCCUGUGAUUGAGGUUUUAGCUAAAGAUACAGAAGGAUCACCUUCAAAAUUCAAAAUGCCAAAUUUCAGUUUCUCUAUGCCUAAAGUAAAAGGGCCUGAUAUAGAUGUAAGUUUAUCAAAGAAAGACACAGAUAUCACACUACCAGAGACUAAAACUGAGCUCAAACUCCCAGAGACCCCUAAAAUUGAUGCCAGUCUUGGAAAAGCAGAGGUUUUCAUUCCAGAGGAAAGGGUGGAGGUUAAAAAACCUGAAGUGAAAAUCAAACCUCUGCACACUGACGUUGAACUUGAAGGACACAGAGGCAAGUUUCAAAUGCCAAAGUUUGGAAUCAAAAUGCCAAAAGUAAAAGGACCUGAAAUUGAUUUAAGCUUCCCCAAGAAAGAUGUAGAUGUAACACUACCAGAGGCUAAAGCUGAUGUUGAACUCCCAGAAGCUUCUAAAAUUGCUGUGGAUAUGAAAUUACCAGAGUAUGAAGCAGAAAUUGAUGGGCAAGGAGGCAAGUUCAAAAUGCCAAAGUUUGGAAUCUCAAUGCCAAAAGUGAAAGGACCUGAAAUUGAUUUCAGCUUAUCAAAGAAAGAUGUAGACUUCACACUACCAGACGCCAAAGCUGAAGUCAAUCUCCCCGAUGUUGAACUCAAAGAAUCUUCUGCUAAAGUGGAAAUUAAAGCUCCUGAUACUGAAGCUCAAUUAAGCAGUGUAAAAGGAUCACCAUCAAAAUUUCAAUUGCCAACAUUCAAAUUUCCUAAAUUUGGAGCUGCAACUCCAAAUGUCAGCACUGAACUACAUGAUAUAGACACAGAAAUCAAAACUGAUGGAGCUGACAUGCACAUAUCUGUGCCACACACAGAUGUUGAUGUACCAAAAGUUAAAGCUGAGGUCCAUCUGCCAGAGGUUGAAGUCAAAACGCCAUCAGGCAGUGUUGUAACAGAGCAACAGCAAGGUGUUGAGGUUGAUGCCAAACUGAAAAAAACAAGGUUUUCACUGCCCAGAUUUUCUUUUUCAAAACCAAGUGUUAAGUCCCCAGAAGUUGAUGCCAGUCUUCAAGAUGCAAAAGUUGCAAUUCCAGAGGGAAAGAUGGAAGUGAAUGUUUUGAUUCCAGAGGCUAAGGCCAAAGUUGAAGAAGCUGAGCUGGACGUUAAACCUUUGCAGACCGAAGUUAAAGGACAAGGAAGCGAGUUCAAAAUGCCAAAGUUUGGAAUGUCCAUGCCAAAGGUAAAAGGACCUGAAUUUCAUCUUGGCUUAUCAAAGAAAGAUAUAGAUGUCAGAAUACCAGAAGCAAAAGCAGAUGUCAACUUCCCUGAUGUUGAACUAAAACAACCUUCUGCCGAAGUAGAAAUGAAAGCUCCUGUGAUUGAGGUUUUAGCUAAAGAUACAGAAGGAUCACCUUCAAAAUUCAAAAUGCCAAAUUUCAGUUUCUCUAUGCCUAAAGUAAAAGGGCCUGAUGUAGAUGUAAGUUUAUCAAAGAAAGACACAGAUAUCACACUAACAGAGACUAAAACUGAGCUCAAACUCCCAGAGACCCCUAAAAUUGAUGCCAGUCUUGGAAAAGCAGAGGUUUUGAUUCCAGAGGAAAGGGUGGAGGUUAAAAAACCUGAAGUGAAAAUCAAACCUCUGCACACUGACGUUGAACUUGAAGGACACAGAGGCAAGUUUCAAAUGCCAAAGUUUGGAAUCAAAAUGCCAAAAGUAAAAGGACCUGAAAUUGAUUUAAGCUUCCCCAAGAAAGAUGUAGAUGUAACACUACCAGAGGCUAAAGAUGAUGUUGAACUCCCAGAAGCUUCUAAAAUUGCUGUGGAUAUGAAACCAUCAGAGUGUGAAGCAGAAAUUGAUGGGCAAGGAGGCAAGUUCAAAAUGCCAAAGUUUGGAAUCUCAAUGCCAAAAGUGAAAGGACCUGAAAUUGAUUUCAGCUUAUCAAAGAAAGAUGUAGACUUCACACUACCAGACGCCAAAGCUGAAGUCAAUCUCCCCGAUGUUGAACUCAAAGAACCUUCUGCUAAAGUGGAAAUUAAAGCUCCUGAGAUUGAAGCUCAAUUAAGCAGUGUAAAAGGAUCACCAUCAAAAUUUCAAUUGCCAACAUUCAAAUUUCCUAAAUUUGGAGCUGCAACUCCAAAUGUCACCACUGAACUACCUGAUAUAGACACAGAAAUCAAAACUGAUGGAGCUGACAUGCACAUAUCUGUGCCACACACAGAUGUUGAUGUUCCAGAAGUUAAAGCUGAGGUCCAUCUUCCAGAGGUUGAAGUCAAAAAGCCAUCAGGCAGUGUUGUAACAAAGCAACAGCAAGGUGUUGAGGUUGAUGCCAAACUGAAAAAAACAAGGUUUUCACUGCCCAGAUUUUCUUUUUCAAAACCAAGUGUUAAGUCCCCAGAAGUUGAUGCCAGUCUUCAAGAUGCAAAAGUUGCAAUUCCAGAGGGAAAGGUGGAAGUGAAUGUUUUGAUUCCAGAGGCUAAGGCCAAAGCUGAAGAAGCUGAGCUGGACGUUAAACCUUUGCAGACAGAAGUUAAAGGACAAGGAAGCGAGUUCAAAAUGCCAAAGUUUGGAAUGUCCAUGCCAAAGGUAAAAGGACCUGAAUUUCAUCUUGGCUUAUCAAAGAAAGAUAUAGAUGUCAGAAUACCAGAAGCAAAAGCAGAUGUCAACUUCCCUGAUGUUGAACUAAAACAACCUUCUGCCGAAGUAGAAAUGAAAGCGCCUGUGAUUGAGGUUUUAGCUAAAGAUACAGAAGGAUCACCUUCAAAAUUCAAAAUGCCAAAUUUCAGUUUCUCUAUGCCUAAAGUAAAAGGGCCUGAUGUAGAUGUAAGUUUAUCAAAGAAAGACACAGAUAUCACACUACCAGAGACUAAAACUGAGCUCAAACUCCCAGAGACCCCUAAAAUUGAUGCCAGUCUUGGAAAAGCAGAGGUUUUGAUUCCAGAGGAAAGGGUGGAGGUUAAAAAACCUGAAGUGAAAAUCAAACCUCUGCACACUGAUGUUGAACUUGAAGGACACAGAGGCAAGUUUCAAAUGCCAAAGUUUGGAAUCAAAAUGCCAAAAGUAAAAGGACCUGAAAUUGAUUUAAGCUUCCCCAAGAAAGAUGUAGAUGUAACACUACCAGAGGCUAAAGAUGAUGUUGAACUCCCAGAAGCUUCUAAAAUUGCUGUGGAUAUGAAACCAUCAGAGUGUGAAGCAGAAAUUGAUGGGCAAGGAGGCAAGUUCAAAAUGCCAAAGUUUGGAAUCUCAAUGCCAAAAGUGAAAGGACCUGAAAUUGAUUUCAGCUUAUCAAAGAAAGAUGUAGACUUCACACUACCAGACGCCAAAGCUGAAGUCAAUCUCCCCGAUGUUGAACUCAAAGAACCUUCUGCUAAAGUGGAAAUUAAAGCUCCUGAGAUUGAAGCUCAAUUAAGCAGUGUAAAAGGAUCACCAUCAAAAUUUCAAUUGCCAACAUUCAAAUUCCCAAAAUUUGGAGCUGCAACUCCAAAUGUCAGCACUGAACUACCUGAUAUAGACACGGAAAUCCAAAUUGAUGGAGCUGACAUGCACAUAUCUGUGCCACACACAGAUGUUGAUGUACCAGAAGUUAAAGCAGAGGUCCAUCUGCCAGAGGUUGAAGUCAAAAAGCCUUCAGGCAGUGCUGUGAUAGAGCAACAACCAGAUAUUGAGGUAGAUGCCAAACUGAAAAAACCAAGGUUUUCACUGCCCAGAUUUUCUUUUUCAAAAACAAGUGUUAAGGCCCCAGAAGUUGAUGCCAGUCUUCAGGAUGCAAAUGUUGCAAUUCCAGAAGGAGAGGUGGAAGUGAAAGGAGGGGAAGUGGAUAUGAAACUACCAGAGUAUGAAGCAGAAGUUGAUGGGCAAGGAAGUAGGUUUAAAAUGCCAAAGUUUGGCAUCUCAAUGCCAAAGAUUAAAGGGCCUGAAAUUGAUUUGAGCUUAUCAAAGAAAGAUGUGGAUGUUACACUCCCAGAAGCCAAAGCUGAAGUUCAACUUUCAGAUGUCAAAAUAAAACAACCUGCAGUGCAAAUUAAAGCUCCUGAGAUGGAAGCUCAUACAGGUAAUACUGAAGGAUCACCGUCAAAACUUAAAAUGCCAACAUUCACAUUACCCAAAUUUGGAGCUGCUACUCCAAAGGUCAGUGUGGAAGUACCUGAUGUGGACAAAGAUAUUAAAAUUGAUGGAGCUACAGUGGAUGUCACUGCACCCAGCAUUGACACUGAAGGCCUAUCUGUAGAUGUGAAAGCUAAAGGAAGUCAAUUUGAAGGAUCAGGAAGCAAGUUUAAAAUGCCAAAGUUUGGCAUCUCAAUGUCCAAGGUAAAAGGGCCAGAAAUCGAUUUGAGCUUAUCAAAGAAAGAUGUAGAUAUCCCAUUACCAGAAGCUAAAGCUAAAAUUGAACUUCCCAAUGUUGCAGUCAAAGAGUCUGAAGUGGAAAUUAAAGCUCCUGAGAUAAAGAUUGCAACAAAGGGUUCAGAAGGAUCACCAUCAAAAUUGAAAAUGCCGACAUUCAAAUUACCAAAAUUUGGAGUUGGUACUCCAAGUGCCACUGUAGAGGUGCCCGACAGAGACAGAGACGUCAAAAUUGAUGGAGAUGACAUUAAAAUUCCUGAAGAGGUUCUUGCAGUUGACAUUGCAGCACCCAGCAUUGGCACUGAAGGCCCAUCAAUAGAUAUUAAAACUACAGGAACUGAACAUGAAGGAAAAGGAAGCAUGUUUAAACUGCCAAGUCUUGGUUUUUCUGGGCCUCAAAUCAAACGGCCUGACAUUGAUUUAGACUUAUCAAAGAUAGAUGUAGAUGUGACUCUACCAGAAGCCAAAGCUGGAAUCAAACUCCCUCAUGUUGAACUAAAAGAAUCUUCUGCCAAAGUAGAAAUCAAAGCUCCUGGAAGUGAUGUUCAGACAAGUAAUGUUGAAGGAUCACCAUCCAAAUUAAAAAUGCCAACAUUCACAUUACCCAAAGAGUCUGAUGGUUCAAUUUCAGUCUCACAGGCACCAAUGAUAGAGGGUGAUGGCAAGUUGAGAAAGACAAGCUGGACAUUGCCAAGAUUUUCAUUUUCAAAAACAAACGUUAAAGCCCCUGAGGCUGAUGUCAACCUUGAUGUCCCAAAAGUAGACAUUGCAUCAUUAGAGGCCAAAACAGACAUACAACUUCCAGAUAUUGAUACCAAAGAAUCCUCAGGUACUUCAAUAGAGGGGGCACCCACUACAGACCUUGAUGCCAAAUUGAAAAAGCCAAGAUUUUCAUUACCCAAAUUUUCAUUUUCAAAGCAAAGUUCAAAAGAGUCUAAAGAUGAUGUCAGUCUCCCAGAUGAUGUUUCUCUUCCGAAAGGAAAUGUGGAAGUCAAACAACCUGAAGUGGAGCUUAAGCCACCAGAAGGUGAUGUAGAAUUAGAGGGGCAGGAAAGCAAAUUUAAAAUGCCACUGUUUGGCUUCUCAAUGCCCAAAGUAAAAGGGCCUGAAAUUGAUUUGAGCUUAUCAAAGAAAGAUGUAGAUGUCAAACUCCCAGAAGCCAAAGCUGAAGUUCAACUUCCAAAUGUCAAAAUAAAACAACAGUCUGCUACAGUGGAAAUUAAAGCUCCUGAGAUUGAAGCUCAAACAGGUAAUGUUGAAGGAUCACCAUCAAAACUUAAAAUGCCAACAUUCACAUUACCCAAAUUUGGAGGUGCUACUCCAAAGGUCAGCGUGGAAGUACCUGAUGUGGACAAAGACAUUCAAAUUGAUGGAGCUACAGCGGAUGUCACUGCACCCAGCAUUGACACUAAAGGCCUAUCUGUAGAUGUGAAAGCUAAAGGAAGUGAAACUGAAGGAUCAGGAAGCAAGUUUAAAAUGCCAAAGUUUGGCAUCUCCAUGCCCAAGGUAAAAGGGCCAGAAAUUGAUUUGAGCUUAUCAAAGAAAGAUGUAGAUGUCAAACUCCCAGAAGCCAAAGCUGAAGUUCAACUUCCGGAUGUCAAAAUAAAACAACCGUCUGCUACAGUGGAAAUUAAAGCUCCUGAGAUUGAAGCUCAAACAGGUAAUGUUGAAGGAUCACCAUCAAAACUUAAAAUGCCAACAUUCACAUUACCCAAAUUUGGAGCUGCUACUCCAAAGGUCAGUGUGGAAGUACCUGAUGUGGACAAAGAUAUUAAAAUUGAUGGAGCUACAGUGGAUGUCACUGGACCCAGCAUUGACACUAAAGGCCUAUCUGUAGAUGUGAAAGCUAAAGGAAGUGAAACUGAAGGAUCAGGAAGCAAGUUUAAAAUGCCAAAGUUUGGCAUCUCCAUGCCCAAGGUAAAAGGGCCAGAAAUCGAUUUGAGCUUAUCAAAGAAAGAUGUAGAUGUCAAACUCCCAGAAGCCAAAGCUGAAGUUCAACUUCCGGAUGUCAAAAUAAAACAACCGUCUGCUACAGUGGAAAUUAAAGCUCCUGAGAUUGAAGCUCAAACAGGUAAUGUUGAAGGAUCACCAUCAAAACUUAAAAUGCCAACAUUCACAUUACCCAAAUUUGGAGCUGCUACUCCAAAGGUCAGUGUGGAAGUACCUGAUGUGGACAAAGACAUUAAAAUUGAUGGAGCUACAGUGGAUGUCACUGCACCCAGCAUUGACACUGAAGGCCGAUCUGUAGAUGUGAAAGCUGAAGGAAGCGAACUUGAAGGGUCACGAAGCAAGUUUAAAAUGCCAAAGUUUGGCAUCUCCAUGCCCAAAGUUAAAGGAACUGAACUUGAUUUAAGUUUAACAAAGAAAGAUGUAGAUGUCACACUCCCAGAAGCUAAAGCUGAAAUCAAACUGCCCAAUGUUGAAGUCAAAGAAUCUGAAGGUGCUAUUUUAAUACCAGAUGCACCAACAGUUGAUGUUGAAAACAAGUUGAAACGACCAAACUGGUCAUUUCCAAAAUUUUCAUUUUCAAAGACAGGUGGGAAAGCCCCUGAUGCGGAUGUAAACCUUGAAACACCCAAAGUUGAUGUUACAUCACCAGAGGCCAAAGCAGAAGUCCAAGGGCUUUCAGGGGCUAUUUCAAUGGAAGAGCCAUCUGCUGCAGAACUUAAUGAAAACUUGAAAAAAAAAACAUUUACACUACCCAGAUUUUCUUUUUCAAAGUCAAGUGUUAAAGAACCUGAAGUCAGUGCUGAGCUUCCAGAUGUUGAUGUUUCUCUUCCAGAAAGAGAAGUGAUAGUGAAGCAACCUGAAAUUAAAAUGAAAGCUCCUGAGCUUGAAGCUGAACAUGAUGGACAAGAAAGCAAGUUUAAAUUGCCAAAGUUCGGUAUUGCACUAACAAAAGCAAAAGGACCUGAACAAGAUGUAAAUGCAUCACAGAAAGAUGUAGGCAUCACACUGCCAGAAGUUAAAGCAGAGGUCAAACUCCCUGAAACUGAAGUCAAAGAAUCUUCAGCUAGUGUGGAAAUGAAAGCUUCCGAGUCUGAAGCUAAGUCAAAAGGUGUUGGAGGAUCACCACUGAAAUUUAAAAUGCCAACAUUGAAAAUGCCCAAAUUUGGAGUUGCAACCUAUGAUGUCACAGCAGGAGUACCCGAUGCAGACAAAGUUGCUGAAACGGAUGGAGCUAAACUAAAGGAGGAUGUUACUGUCAAUAUCAAAGGUCCAAGUGUUGAUAUUAAAACAGAUGUGUCUAAAGAAGCAAUAACAGGUUCUGAAACGCUGAAGACUGAGACUGAAAGUGUGGAUAUUGGGUCUCCAAGUAAAUUCAAACUACCAUCAUUUAAAAUGCCAAAGCUGAGUUUCUCAAGACCCAACCCUGAAGAUGAACAUGUGCCUGUUGACACAGAAUGCAAAGAAGAUCAGGUGGAAAUGGAAGUAGAGCCAAAAGGAUUGAGUAAAUCAGCAAAAGUGACUUUGACAUCAUUUGGUGAGAUCCUCAAGAAUAUUGAUGUUGAAUUUGAUGUUCCAAAAACAGAAGAAAAUCUUGAAACAUCAAAGGAUGUUCAUGAAACCGAUAAAACCAGUGGAAAGCAGUUAGAGGCAAAAGAAAAGGAAACUACUACCAAAAGUCCUGAGAGGACAGGUUGGUUUAAAUUCCCCAAGUUUGGACUGUCCUCCCCAUCAGAACCUGCCAAGAUUUCUGAAAAAGACACGCAUAAGGAUGAAAAGACCCCAGUAGAGGGAACAGUUGAGGAAAUAAGCCCCACCUUUUCAGUCCAGUCAUCAGACGCCUUUGCUGAUAUUAGCUCUGCAAUGACAAGUGAGCAUGUUGGCCUGUCCUUAUCUUCUCCAACCAAGGUAACUGUCAAAUACUCUGAACCUAACGCUGCUACAGGGCUUGGAGAGAUGCACAGUAACAUUAUUACUUCCACCACAAGAACUGAGCUCAUCUCGGUUGAGCCCAACUUGCCUGAGAAAAUCACCAUUCUGUCAUCUGGAGUUUCAUCUUCAUCAGAAGACACGCUCAGACUGGAAUCAGGAAAAAUACAUGUCAUUACAUCAAAUAUACAAGCCACCCCAGAGGCACAGCGUGCCAAGCUACUCACUGCUGUCCAAAUCCAAUCAGCUGAAGGCCUUCCCCUAGAAUCAGAGGCUAACGAAGCUGCAUCGUGGACUGUCGAGGAUUCACAAAGCAGCAAGAAAACGGUCUUCGAGAGGCAUUUAGUUAGGGAAACAUCAACUGAAAGAAGUGAAAGCAAAGAAACAAUUGUAAUAACUAAACAAAUCACAAGUAUGUUUGACUCUUCUGAGCCCAUCUUAGGUGAGACAGCUUCAUCCAUUCAACGACUGAGAGAGUCUGUGCACUCUGACAAAAUGAGGUUCUUUGAUGGAGCCGACAAGUGAAAUAACUUGAUGGGAAUUAUGUCUAAAUUUACAAUUCCUCAUUAUCCAGCCUCAGUGGCUGGUGGGUUUCUGAAUGUCACUGUAACAGAGAGGUGAGAUAGAAAAUAGGUUGGCAACUGGAAAGAUUGUUUGCAAGUUCAACUUACCAAUCACAGGAAACAGUCAGUUAGUGUUCAGGUGAUAACUUCAAUCCCUGGUUGCAUGUUGUUGACCUAUGAAGAGAUGGAUUAAUGUAGGCUAGUUCACUGACAAUGUGAUUCACUUGGUAAUAAACUGUGUAACUCAGUGCCCUUACUGCAAAUCCUGACAGGACUUCACCAAAUAUCCAUGCUUAUUGUGGUACAGAACUAAAGUAAGCCAUGUAUUUUGCUUAUCAAAACUUAUAUUUCUUGUUUCAUAGUUUUUAUGUACAACAAAAGUGAUCCAACUUACUUGUGCUCUUAUUUAUCAGAUGAUAAUCAGAAGUGCUUUUGAUUUUAAAAUGCUUUAUUUGAACAAGACUGUUGCAAAAAUCAAUCAAUGUUACUGACAUUCCAAAAUAUGUUUACAAUAAUUUUGCUAUUAAGUUGACAUUAGAGAGCACUUACAAUACAAUUGGGCAGUAUAUGACAGAAAAAUGAAUAUGUACAUGUAUCACCAGAAUAUUCUUGUUGCUGCAAAAGAAAAUGUAAAGAAACAAUAACAAUGCAAAGCUGAAAUGAAAUGCUUAUGACCAAACAAAGCAAGUGUACUGCUGCAACUAUAUUUUGUAUUAAUAUUUUUGCUUAGAACCUAAUUUGCUACAGUAAAAAUAUAUCAACAGUAUGUUUCAAUAUCAGUGUACAAACUGGCUGUGUAAAUAGCUUUUAAUGAUCUCUGGAUUUGAUUAAUGCUCCUCUUUGAAUUAUGAUGCAAUUUGUUUGCAAACCUAUACACAAUAAAUAAAUAUUAUUAUAUGUAAACCUG